AGGGCGCGGGGCCGCCGCCGGCCGCCUUUGUCUGCGAGCCCCGCUCCCGAUGCCGCCGCAGCAGGGGGCCCCCGCGUUCCCCGGCCGCUGCGAGGCGCCGCCCGUUCCGCCGCGCCGGGAGCGCGGGGGCCGCGGGCCGGGGGCGCCGGGGGCGCGGGGGCGCGGCGUCAAGUGCGUGCUGGUCGGCGACGGCGCCGUGGGCAAGACCAGCCUGGUGGUGAGCUACACGACCAACGGCUACCCCACCGAGUACGUCCCCACCGCCUUCGACAACUUCUCGGCUGUGGUGUCCGUGGAUGGGCGGCCUGUGAGACUCCAGCUCUGCGACACUGCAGGACAGGAUGAGUUCGACAGGCUGAGGCCUCUCUGCUACACCAACGCAGACAUCUUCCUACUGUGCUUUAGUGUGGUGAGCCCCUCGUCCUUCCAAAACAUCAGCGAGAAGUGGGUGCCGGAGAUCCGGUGCCACUGCCCCAAAGCCCCCAUCAUCCUAGUUGGGACACAGUCGGACCUGAGAGAAGAUGUCAAAGUCCUCAUUGAGCUGGACAAGUGCAAAGAGAAGCCAGUGCCUGAAGAGGCAGCUCAGCUGUGCGCCGAGGAGAUCAAAGCCGCCUCCUACAUCGAGUGCUCAGCCUUGACUCAGAAAAACCUCAAAGAGGUCUUUGACGCGGCCAUCGUCGCCGGCAUUCAAUACUCGGACUCUCAGCAACAGCCAAAGAAGUCUAAGAGCAGGACUCCGGACAAAAUGAAGAACCUGUCCAAGUCCUGGUGGAAAAAAUACUGCUGUUUCGUGUGAUGCUGGCAAGAGACCUGGAGUGGCUGUUUUCAGAUGAGACAGAUAUGAGAAGCUAUAUUAGCUGACAUGACUCGUUGUCCUGUGUAGAACCUGUGUAGAGAAUGCGUGUGCACAUGCACUACAGGAAGAGUUCUCAACAUAUAUGUUCUUUCUUGCCUUUAAUUUUCUGGGUGUUUGUCUGAGCUUAGGGAUGAGAUACUUAUUAUGCAAGAUACUUUUGAAGUAAGUUGAGAAUUUCUCAUAACUCUGCACAUGUAGAGCUCUGGACCUCUGGAUUAAUUUAUAUGUAAUAUGAAAUAGACACCUCAAAUUUGGUUGUCAAGAAUGAAAUGUUGCUACAUUGUAGUACACAGAAGAACAGGAGAGGGGGUGCUGUUGUGGUCGACCCUCUCGAUUAAGGGCUACUUCACACACAGUGUCAGCACGCUCAGAACAAUCCUUUGCUUUGAAACUCCAUGCAAACCACACCCUUAAAAAAAAAAAAGAAGCAAAAAUCUGAGAAAAGGAUGAGAGACCUCAGCCUACAAAACCUCAAACCGGUCACUCUAUCAUUUCCUGUUACCCAGUUGCUUAAGAUUUAAGAACAGUCAGCAAAAAACAUCCCACUGGCCAUAUGGCACAGUGUAGACUGAAAAGGAAAUUUGUUAUUGGGAUCUUUCUUCCUUCAACGCAGUUGGGUUGACAUUGUAUGAACGUAGCCAAAGUGCCAUGCAGAAGACAGCAAGUCUUGGUCAGUUCUUACAUUCUCUUUAGGGAGUGACUCAUGUUGAGAUCAGAAUGUGACAUUUGUUACAAUGUGUCGUGCAUGCGCCAAGCUGCCUACAUGCCGGGUAACCAGAGCAUCGGGGAGCGUGUGUCUGGACUGUUCUUAAAUGUCCAUACUGAAGUUGUCCUCUCUGCAGGGAAAGGCCAACAACAGAUGUUUGGGGGACACAAAACAUACCUUUUUUCAGCCAAAAUACUUCUGUGUGUUCGCCCACACACAUGGGUCUGUAUAUAUGGCUGUAUUUGCUGCUGAUUCAGAUCUUUAAACAGUUAAGGGGGAAAAGUACGGCCACAAAAAUAGAUGUUAGGGAAGCUUGGCUCUCUCUUCCUACGAACACGUUUUGAACGGGCGUCUUUUUGAUUAUACCCUAGACAUGAUUUUAAGUAUAUCUUAAUUUAUACAUUUUUGAGACCGUCUCAAAAAAUAAAAUGAGCAUUUCUUGAAACCUAUUGAAACAACCAGUUAAGUCCACAGAUGGCUUUCUGGGCACAGCAGUAGCAACCAGCACUGUGGCUGGGGGGCCACCAGGGUGGGGUCUGCUGUGGCAGCCAGGCGUGUGCUAAGACCACGGUGGCUUCCUUACCACGGGAUAAUCAGAAAACAACGUGUGUGAAACACGUCCUUCCAGGUGGCAGUUUUUUGGGCUGAAUCUUCUGGAGAAAAAAGUGCCACGUCAGGAGAGUAGUUUUCACUUGUGGUCCGUGGGCUUCUGAGACGCCACAGGCAACCUGAACACACUGACGUGCAACAUCCAGCUUGCCCAGGGGGAAGCAGAGUCACCAGAAUGACCUCAGUGAGUGACUAGGGAAAUCUCGGUGAAGUCAGUGGGUAGGAGAGCUCUAUCUUCCUGUGGGUGUUGUGUUGUCUUUUUAAUAUUUAAAAAAAAAACCCAAUUUGUGUUUUUUUAUAGAAAAUGGAAAAGAUCAGGUUAUACUUUAGGGGCUUGCUUUUAUUCCUGUGGGUAAAUAAAAUUAAUAAGUUUGUUUAACAAAGGUUAAUUUUUAAACCACUAUAAUACAUUAAAACUUAAAUAUUGAUUUUUGAACACCUUGAAAUUGAUAUCAGUCACAGUUUCCUGAAGCAUCUAGGCACAACCUGAAUGAAUAAGAUUACUUCAUUUGUGGAAAUGCUUAAAACAGACCUAA